AUGAAAGUCCACCUGGAAAUCAUGGUUCUGAUCGCAAACGCGAAUGCCAUCUGGAGAUUUGAGGAGUUCGGAUUUUGUCAGUUCAAGAACUCUCCGCAUGUUCUAAGUGCUUCAGACUGUCGACUCCCAUCAGCUGUCCCAGGCCGUGGUCGAGGACGGUUUUCAGAAGAACUUUCUUUCGUGAGCAUCCCAAGUGCUGCAGCUUUUUGCGAGGCUUUGAUUCUUUUGCUCUGCCGAGAUUACGAUACUGUCUAUGAAACCUAUUGGCUGGCGAUUCUGACCUAUAUCCUGGAAUACGUGGAUGAAACGGAUAUUUUCGAUGGAAAAGAUUUGGGAGAAGAAUACAUGAAAUUCUAUUAUGCUCUCAAAGGCGCUGAGCCCGCGAUGGUCACCUCCCAAAAGGCAACAGUUGAUAGUCAUACACCGACAGUUUUAAAAUCAUGGAAUGACGCCAUCGAUGGCCUGAUACUCAAUAACCAACAUGAUGUGCCGGACCCGACUGGUAAAACUCCACUUUGGCAUGUUGCAAAUUACGGAUAUGCGGACUGCGUGCGGAAGUUAGGUGCGGCUGGAGUGGUUAUUGAUCGGCAAGAUCGUUUUGGACGAACUGCCCUUUUCCGAGCGGUAGUAGGAGGACAUACGGAAGCUGUCAGAGUUCUUCUCGAAUGCAAUGCUAACCCUGAUAUCUGGAAAGAAAAUGAGUUGUCGCCAAUCUAUGAAGCUGUUAUGAAUGGGCAUGAAGAAGUUGUUGAACUACUUCUAUCUCGUCAUCCAAAGAUCAAAAUCCCCUUGAGUGGCCUCACAUCUAUUUGGUCGGCGGUCAGAGACCAGCAAAUGAAGGAUUUGCUGGUGCAAUAUGGAGUGACUCGGCAAACAGCCUAG